CUUCCUCACCCCCUUGAUUAAUUGAACAUGUCCAAUACACAAUCCAUCGCGCCUGUCCCGAUUGACCAGAUCGUGAAGGCCACGAACAUCCUUCAACAAAGUUCUGCCCCAAAAUUCGGACACGAACUUCUUCCGUAUUUCAGUUUCAAGCAGGGGUUUCUCAAUCUCAACAAUGGAUCAUAUGGCGCUCUGCCCAAAGUUGUGACCGAAGCCUGCAAUGAGCUGAUGGCAUGGCAGGAGGAGAACACUGAUUUCUACUAUCGGAUCGGUUUUAUUCCACCUUUAAUCGGUGUACGCGAACAGCUUGCCCAACUUGUGGGUGCAUCGGACGUCGACGAGCUUGUCAUGGUACCCAACGCGUCCACUGGCCUUGGUGUCGUUCUCAGAAACUUUUUAUGGCAAUGUGGUGAUACUAUCAUUCGCUGCAACACAACUUAUGCCACCGUCUAUAAGACCAUUCAAUAUAUCCACGACGUCACUCCAGGCCUUGAAAUCUCAGAGUUUCAACUUCUUUUCCCCACCACCCGCCAAGCCAUCCUUGACGGCUGGCAGAAACAUAUCACCAAUGUGAAGGCAAACGCUCCCCAGGGUCAGAAAAUUGUCGCUGUCAUUGAUUCAGUGGUUGCCAACCCCGCAGCGGCUAUGCCGUGGAAGGAGAUGGUGAAGAUCUGCAAGGACGUCGGAAUUUGGACCAUCAUAGAUGGUGCACAUUCUGUCGGCCAGGAAGACCUUCAUUUGGCUGAUUGUGGUGCCGACUUUUUCGUCAGCAAUUGUCAUAAAUGGCUCAAUACAAAGCGGGGCGCAGCCUUCCUUUGGAUGCCCAAAGAAUCGCAAAAAAUCAUGUUAACUACUAUUCCCACCUCAGCUUCGUAUGUUACACCGGGUCCUGACAGGCCUGAGACUAACAUUGUCUCACAGUUCCAAUACAAUGGGACGAUUGAUUAUACGACGUAUCUAUCCGUUCAUGUUGCUUUGCAAUGGCGCGAAUGGGUCGGCGGAGAAGCCGCUAUCCAUCAAUAUUGCAACAACCUAGCUAAAAAGGGUGGUGCGCUCCUUGCCCAAACAAUGAGUACGAAGGUCAUGGAUCCUAAUGGCGAAUUCACCAUGGCCAUGGUGAACGUUACUCUUCCUUUCCCUUCAGACUUCCAGGCGCAAUACGAUGCUUCAGUUGGCACGGCACUCAGUAACAAGCUCCUGGCGCGAAACAUGUACGCCGUGACUUACUAUCACAACAGUUUAUGGUGGACCAGAGUCAGCGCACAAAUCUGGAAUGAACUCAGCGAUUUCGAAAUCCUGGGAAAUGCUCUUGUGACUAUUUGUAGCGAGAUCGUUUCCGAACACAAGAGCGCGAACGUUCCUCAAAACUGCAAGGCGGUUUCUUUCAGCUCGUACUUGGAGCAACCACUCAAAGGUGCUGUGGCUCUCGAUUCAAACAAUGGGAUUGGGGCUCCUAGGCCGGUCACAAGUACGAAGGUUACGCUAGUUGGCUAUCAUACGCAGCUUGCUUCCAUUAGGCCUUGAGUUGAAACGGAUAUUAAUGCGAUACAUUGGAGAAUCUUUGUAGUAAUACUAAUAGUAUCUCAGUCUGUACUCAGAAUUCACGUUUUUGCGUCACGCUU